AUGUCCUCUUCUGCAAGCGCACAAAUUCCUUCUGUAAAAGAUAGAAAUCGAAUGAUUAGUAUGAACACUGAUCAAUGUGCAAUUUUGUUUCGCGAGUCGAAUAAGAAUGUAGAUUCCGCUCUUCCGUUUAACUGGGAGAGUAUAUCGAAUGUAAACGACGCUUACCGCAUUUUUCUGAAACAUCAUACAUGCUAUGACACUAUCCCUUUGAGUGCAAAGCUUAUAGUUUUUGACGUUGCUCUUAACGUUAAAAAGGGGUUCUUCGCACUUGUCUACAAUGGCGUUAGAGUUGCCAUCCUCUGGGAUUCUGAGGUCCAGAGCCAUGUUGGUCUUCUGACAAUCACUGAUUUUAUUCGCAUUUUGCAUAAAUACUAUAAGUCACCUGAAGUCCCCAUCGUCGAAUUGGAAGAACAUCAAAUCAAAACAUGGAGAGAGCAAACAUCAGAUUGUAUGCGGCCUCUUGUCUACAUAACACCUGAGAGAACUCUUCUAGAGGCUGCUGAGAUGCUUCUGGAAAACAAAGUUCAUAGACUUCCGAUUAUGGAUCCUCAAACGGGCAAUCCUUUGCAUAUCCUCACUCACAAACGUAUUCUCAAGUACUUGUACUUUAACGUGAGUCAUCGAAUCAUUUCAUGCUCAUCUUGA